AUGAAGAACCGUUCCUCAUCUCCCCCUUUGCACGUCCAUGUGGAUGAAAACACCCCUGUCCAUGUCCAUAUUAAAAAGGGUCAGAAAACCACACCUGCAAAAUGCCAGCAAAAGCACAAGCAGAAAGUGAAGGGGGAUACUGUGAAUGUGUGUCGAAGUGUCCGGGUGAGAACGAAAGCCCCCUGGGUACCCCCAGGCAAAACAUCUGUCCGGGAGUCCACCUGCAGAUGGGAGGGACCAGCUCACCACCUAGAAGCUGCACCUCCAGAUUCAGACAAAAUGCCAUCAGCGUUGCACCUGAGCGACCUCUCCACAGAUGAGGAAGAUGUUGUUUGCUGCAGAAUGAAUGAAUAUGAAAAGAAGAUAGAUAGCCUCAUAAAUGCAGUGGGAAUGAUGAAGGAGGCCAAGAUGCAGGAAAAGGAGGAACACAAGCAACUGACAGAGCGUCUCCUGGAGGAGCAGAAAGAGCAACUCAAUGAAGUCACACAAGAGUUGGUAGAAACAGAACAUGAGAAUACGCUGCUCAGGCGCAAUAUGGAGCGCAUAAGGGAAGAGAAAGACUUGACUAUGAUAGAGAAAAAGUACCUGCAGCAUGAGAAGGAGUGUUUGAUGUCCAAGCUGGGCGAGGCAGAAAGGGAUGCAGCAGCAGCCGCCAGGCAGAUCCGUGCCCUGGAAAAUACAAUUGGGAGGCUCAACAUUGAGAAGCACAUGAGCAGCUCAGACAUUAAUGCACUGACAAGGCAAAAAGAACUUCUGCUCCAGAAAUUGACCACCUUUGAAGAAACCAACCAGACACUACGACAGCUUCUCAAAGAGCAGCACAACAAGGAGGAUGCUCAGAAGUUAAUGGCACGGCACAAAAUACUACUGAAAAGGCUGGCUGACUCAGAUGCAGAGAAUGUGCAACUUCAGAUGAAGCUUCAGGAGAAAGAAAAAGAAGUGGAGAGUCUUGCCAAUCAGAUACAGGCAGGAAAGGAUCAAGCAAAGGCAGCAGAGGAACUCUCCAAAUCUAUGGAGGCUAUGAAAGCCCAUUUACAAGCCCAGUUGCGAGGCAAAGAAGCGGAGAACAACCGCCUGGCUGUGCAGCUACGGAAUCUGGAGCGCGGUGAAGCUCAGUACAAGGCAGAGGUGGAACGUAUCAUGGAACAGAUGAAAGAAGUAAAGCAGAAGGCAGAUCGUGACAAAGAGGCCCUGAAGAAAGCCCUCCGUGCACAGAAAGAGAGGGCAGAGCGGAGUGAAGAGUAUGCAGAGCAACUAACUGCCCAGCUAACAGAAAAGGAUGGGUAUGUUGCUGAGGCACUGUCCACUCUGGAGACCUGGAGGAGCCGUCAUGACAAAGCAGUGAAGGACCGGAGUGACCUCGAACUGGAGAUUGUUACACUGACCAGCCGUCUUGCAGACUUGCUGGAGGAGCAGGCAACUCAGGAGGACAAGGUGCGGGAUUACAGAGAUGUGGUGCCAGAUAAAGUGCAUCGACAGAAUUCAGAGACCUCUGCUUUAAAAAUGGAGAAUGAAAGACUAAAGGCUAGUGUCGCCCCAAUGGAAGAAAAGCUGAAGCAAGCACAGGCUGAAGUGCAGCAGCUCAGAAUCUCUGUCAAAAACUACGAAGGGAUGAUUGAAAACUACAAAUCACAGAUAUUAAAGACCCAAAUGGAAGCAGAAGAUGUGGCAGCAAAACUGGAGAUAUUUGGUAAAGAGAACAAGGCACUAAAGGAGGAAAAGAAUAAUGAGAUGGAUCUGUCAUACAAGCAGUUGCAGAGCAGGCUUGCUGAACUGGAGAAGCUGCCUGAGAUCCUAAAGAUGAAAGAAGCAGAGAUAGCAGAAUAUAGAGAGCAGCUUCAGAACUAUGAGAGGAAGAACAUCGACUUGUCUGUCCUAAUUUCAGAUCUUCGUCAGCAGAUUGAGCUCCAGGGGGACAAAAUGGAGAUGACAAGGGAGAGGUGUCAGUCUGCCCAGGAGGACAAAAAGCAGCUCACCUUGAAGGUGGAAGAGCUAGAAAGAAAACUCGAGUCAACGAGUGCCCAGAACAUAGAAUUCCUUCAGGUCAUAGCAAAACGGGAGGAGUCAAUUCACCAGUGCCAGCUGCGGUUAGACGAGAAGACCCGGGAGUGUAGCUCCUUGGCACGUCAGCUGGAGAUGGCCAUUGAGGAUGCCAAAACACAAGUGGAACAAACCCGAGAACGAGCAACGUCUAGAGAGAGGUCAGCCCAGUCUAAGAUGUUGGAUUUGGAGACCCAGCUGAGUAGGAAUAAGACAGAACUGAACCAGUUGCGUCGGAGCAAAGAUGAUGCAGAGCGCCGCUAUGAAAGCCGUCUGCAGGACUUAAAGGAUCGGUUGGAGCAGUCGGAGAGCACCAACCGCAGCAUGCAAAACUACGUCCAGUUCCUUAAGUCUUCCUAUGCCAGUGUUUUUGGAGACAGUGCCUUGCUGGGCCCCCUCAGCCACUCUCGUUCUUCUCCAUGAGGGCAAUGCUCUCCUUGCACCUCACCUUCAAGCACAAAAGGAGCCCUGCUUCAAAGCCAUAUGUUAGAAAAUAGGUUGGCAUUUCAGGGU